AUGAAUUUUGCCGCCAAGCUCUGUCAUUGCAACAGUCGUCUCUUUUCCGGCGUUGCCGGUCUUCGCCUACAGACUUUAACUCUUCGUGAGUUCAGCUCGGGGAAUUCUUUCCGAGCGUCAAUGCGCCAUCGAAUGGAACGAAUUCGACGUCAGGUAGAAAACCGCACUCCUUUCAGUCGUACAGAAACGCUUUUGUGUUUGUCUUUUUGGAGGUUUAACUUUCGCUUUCGCAUCCAAAUCUCUACGAGUGCCUCACGCGUACUUACUCUUAAUCCCCAAUUCUUCAUAGCUCUGGAUGGUACACGUGCGAUAGUUCUGGGCGGAGCGGCGCUAGGUCUUGGUGGUCUCUGCCUCUACGGGAUGUACGGAUCGAAUGUGGGAGCCAAUAGCCUCUCAGUUUUGGAUAGAGCGGCGGUGUGGCCGGACUAUGUGCGCCAGCGUAUCCACUCCACCUAUGCUUACCUGGCAGGCGGAGCUGCUGUUGCUGCUGCCUCUGCUACUACUCUAGUCCAUUCGCCUGCCUUUGUUCGUGCUGUGACUGGUGGUGGUAUUCUAGCUCCGCUGGCGAUGCUGGCUGCAAGCAUUGGUGCUGGUGUUGUUUGCCAGAUGGUGCCUUAUCCAGCAGACGGCAGCAAGUUCAACACAAAGCAUUUAGCAUGGCUGCUCUACGCUGUAAGUUUGGGUGGUGUUGUGGCCCCCGUCUGUCUACUUGGUGGGCCGAUCUUGACUCGCGCUGCGGUCUACACCGGUGGAAUUGUCGGGGGUCUUUCGGUUGUUGCCAUCUCCGCGCCUUCAGAUCGUUUUCUGCGUUGGGGUGGGCCUCUUGCAAUUGGCCUCGGGGUUGUCUUUGUCUCCUCCCUCGGCAGCAUGUUCUUAUCGCCCAUGGGUAGGCUGGGCUCGGGCCUCUACGCCAUCAGUCUUUAUGGCGGUCUGAUUCUCUUCUCUGGAUUUCUUCUUUUCGAUACGCAAAUGGUCAUUCAUCGCGCUGAGCAGUAUCCACCACCCUCUCGCUCCCUCUAUUCCGCUAGUCCUGGCCUUGCCAUUACCGCUCGGCCCUUUGACCCCAUCAACAAGUGA